AUGCGUCCCUCGCAGAUCCUCGCCCUCCUGGCUGCCCUUCCUUCCACCCUGGCUGCCUACAAGGGUUUCAAUUAUGGUUCUUCUGGCAACGACCAGUCCGCCUUUGAGGGCCAGUUCAAUUCGGCCAAGGCCUUGGGCUUUACGUCUGCUCGCUUGUACACCAUGAUCCAAGACGGUACCACCAACACGCCCAUCUCGGCCAUCCCUGCCGCCAUCGACACCGGCACGACACUCCUGCUGGGCUUGUGGGCGUCGGCUGGCGAUGCGGAUUUCGCCAAUGAGCUCGCCGCGCUCAAAGCCGCCAUUACCCAGUAUGGCACCGCCUUUACCGAUUUGAUUGCCGGCAUCAGUGUGGGCAGCGAAGAUAUCUAUCGCAUCACCCCUAUCGGCGUCGAGAAUAACUCUGGCGCUGGAGUGGGCCCCGCUACGAUUAUCAACUAUAUCAAUCAAGUUCGAUCCGCCAUCGCCGGCACCUCGGCGGCAGGCAAGCCUGUCGGCCAUGUCGACACCUAUAAUGUCUGGACCAACUCCAGCCAGAACGAUCUUAUUGGAGCCUGCGACUUCCUCGGUGUCGACGCCUAUCCGUGGUACGAAACCACCAAAGCAAACAGCAUCCAGAAUGCCAACGCGACCUUCUGGGGUGACUAUGACGAUACCACUGCUGCCUCCCAGGGUAAGCCUGUCUGGAUUACCGAGACCGGCUGGCCCGUGUCAGGUGCGAACAGCGGAGAAGCUGUUGCCUCGGUCGAGAAUGCGCAGACUUACUAUGAUGCUGUCGGAUGCACCGCCUUCGGCGAAGGCAUCAACACUUGGUGGUACACCCUCCAGGACAGUGGAGCCAGCCCAAGUUUUGGUGUCGUGGGUGCUGGUUCACCUCCUCCAACCACGCCGCUGUACUCGUUGACCUGCUAA